AUGUGUGGAGGUACUCCAAAGACUGCACACAGCACAGGAGGGCAAACAGACCGAGCAAGAAACAGUAAUAAUGCCUCUUGCCCACUGGGAAAUAAUAUCUCAAACACAGGAUUAGCUAAAAAGGCUAAAAAAUCUUUUGUGGCAGAACAGAGCACCGACCAUAAAAGCAGUGUCAAUACAUUGUUGCAAAACAGCUGGUCCUGUUCGGAGUUUGACUUGAAUGAAAUCCGCCUGAUAGUUUACCAGGAUUGUGAGAGAAGAGGCAGACAGGUGUUGUUUGAUUCCAAAGCAGUGCGCAAAGUUGAUGAGGCAGCAGCUCAGAAAAUAGUAGAGGAUGCUCCAGGAAAGGCUUCUGCCAAGUGUUGCCAAGCAAGCAAUGGGACCAAUAGUAUUUCUUCCCAUAGUCCAUCAGUGGGCUGUACACAGCAUGUCAAGGACCAGCUUCCAAAGUACCAGUACACUAGACCAGCCUCUGAUGUCAACAUGCUUGGAGAAAUGAUGUUUGGCUCAGUGGCAAUGAGUUACAAAGGUUCUACCUUGAAAAUCCACUACAUACGCUCUCCUCCGCAGCUUAUGAUAAGUAAAGUGUUCUCAGCCAGAGUGGGAAGCUUCAGUGGAAGCACAAAUAACUUGCAAGAUAGCUUUGAAUACAUCAAUCAAGAUCCCUGUCUGGGAAAAUUGAGCUCUAAUCAAAAUGGUUUGGGCACCUGCCGUAGUGGAAGUAAUCUAGGUGUGUUACAGCUGUGUAGCAGCAAAGUGCUGCAGGGUGUAUCUGAAGGAGUUCCCCUCCGGCUCAUCCGGAGUGCUUCUUUCUUUGCAGCACAUAGCACCCCCGUUGAUAUGCCUAGCAGAGGGCAAAAUGAGGACAGAGACAGCGGCAUUGCUCGGUCAGCAUCUCUGAGUAGUCUCUUGAUUACACCGUUCCCAUCACCAAGCUCCUCAUCCUCCUCUUCCAGUAGCUACCAGCGCCGCUGGCUCCGAAGUCAAACAACAAGUUUAGAAAAUGGAAUUAUUCCAAGGUGGUCCACCGAAGAGACUUUUAGCAUGGCUGAUGAAAGCUGCAGUUCCAAUCCUGCAAUGAUUCGGAGGAAAAAAAUUGCCAUCAGUGUAAUUUUCUCCCUGCCUGAAAGAGAAGACGCACAGAGGAACUUCCAGGACUUCUUUUUCUCUCACUUCCCUCUAUUUGAAUCCCAUAUGAACAAGUUAAAGAGUGCAAUUGAAAAGGCCAUGAUCCUCUGUAGAAAAAUAGCAGAAUCCAGCCUAAGAGUACAGGUUUAUAUCAGCCGUGUCACGGAUGCCCUGGGAGAAUUCAGACUUACAAUCUGGAACCUGUAUUCCGUUCCAAGGAUCGCAGAACCUGUGUGGCUUACCAUGAUGUCCAGCACUUUGGAAAAGAACCAGCUAUGCCAGCGCUUUCUUAAGGAAUUUACACUUCUGAUAGAACAGAUCAACAAAAACCAGUUCUUAGCUGCUUUAUUGACUGCGGUGCUGACCUAUCACCUGGCGUGGGUCCCAACUGUAAUGCCAGUUGACCAUCCUCCCAUAAAGGCCUUCUCUGAGAAAGGCACAUCACAAUCUGUAAACCUGCUGGCAAAAUCGCAUCCUUAUAACCCUCUCUGGGCACAGCUCGGUGAUCUGUAUGGUGCCAUAGGCUCUCCCGUUAGGCUGACACGGACUGUGAUUGUUGGAAAACAUAAGGAAUUAGUUCAACGUAUUCUCUACGUUCUAACAUACUUCCUACGGUGCUCUGAGCUACAGGAAAAUCAACUGGCCUGGAAUGGGAAAGUUGGAGAGGAAGAGCAACUGCUAAAUGGAAGGAAGAUCACAACUACAUUGGAAAAGGGAGAGGUUGAAGAAUCUGAUUAUGUGGUUGUCACUGUUAAGAAUGAACCUGCUCUUGUGCCGCCAAUCCUACCUCAGAAGAAUAGUGGAAAUCAAACCAGUAGCAAGGUGGGGCACGUCAGUAACCCAGAGAGCUCUCCUGCUCUGCCAAUAUCCUCAAAAGAAAAGAAUGAAGAAGUAACAGGAAAGGGUGAUCAGAGCUCCUGGGCAUCCUGUAUUGCAUCAAAAGACUGCACUGUUGGCAGUUUUGAGUCUAAAGGAAUGGUAGAUGACAGUAGGAAAGGGAAGGUAGUUGACGAUAUAGGAACUGUGUCCUAUCAUUUUGAAGAACAAAUAGAAUCAGAGGAUUUAACGGAUGACUUAAAGAAUAGCAACCAGACCACGAGUGAAGUGGCAGAAAAGCCAUCUGACAGGUCAUCUGCUGUACCGUGUCCUGAGAGGUUUGUUGAUAGGAGUCCUAAUUUAGAAAGGGUCACCUUCCAGAUUGGAAGUUCUACAUCGCCAGAGUCUGAUUUAGAAACUCGCAAGAGGGACAUGGAUGAAAAUUUUAGGGCAUUCAAAAAAAAUCUACAGGUAGCAAGCUGUAUUUCAAGUCCACCAAAUGUGCCUGCAGAAACUUCCCAGAGCCAACAAGAAACUUCCAAAGCCUCCCUUAACCCAUUACACAUUAGGCGUAAUAUCUGUUAUGCACAAAUUCCGUCAUGUGAAGCGAGUGCGAGUAUAUUUGAUGAAUAUUUUGCUGAGGGUAAUAAAAUUGAAAUGAAUGUAGCAAAUACUUCUACUCUGUGUGGCUUGUCAGAUGAACCACUUAAGCCAUCUGAUAACAAAAUAGAAACUGUAAAAACAGAAAUCUCAGAGGAAGCUAGAACCCUGUGCUCCAAGAAUGGGGAGGGCCAUUCACUUGACUCUGUUAAAACAAGUUCUGACGUACAGGACUCUGGCCAAGUAGUCACUGAAGAUGUCCCCUAUGGGGAUGCUGGAAGGAAAAUCUCCUUCCGAAUCGAAGGGGAUAUUCCUAGGAAUGAGAGUUCAGAUAGUGCACUUGGAGACAGCGACGACGAUGGUGCUUCAUGUAUCUCUGAUCUACACCCUCGAGGCCAUGUCAACAAUAGGCAUGAAGAAUUUACAGAAGUAGAACUUCCUUUACCAAGAUCCAACAUAAUCAGCAGUCCAAGUGUGAAAAACUUUGGAAGGUCACUUCUCGGUGGUUACUGUCCCACAUACAUGCCUGAUCUGGUACUGCAUGGAAUAAGUAAUGAUGAAAAACUCAAGCAGUGGUUACCAACAGAUCUGCUUCAUGCAGUGCAUCAUCCAGUACUAGAUGAGCCCAUAGCAGAAGCAGUCUGUAUUAUUGCCGAUACGGAUAAAUGGAAUGUACAGGUGGCUACAAGCCAGAGAAGGCUGAUGGACAGUAUGAAGCUAGGCAAAGAUGUCUUAGUCUCCAGUCAAGUGUCCAAUUUGCUGCAGUCUAUUUUACAGCUUUACAAACUCCACCUCCCAGCUGACUUUUGCAUAAUGCAUCUUGAGGAUAGGCUACAGGAGAUGUACCUCAAAAGCAAAAUGCUUUCGGAAUACCUGCGAGGACAUACAAGAGUUCAUGUAAAAGAGCUAGGAAUUGUAUUGGGGAUUGAAUCCAAUGACUUGCCUUUGUUGGCUGCUAUCGCAAGCACUCACUCCCCGUAUGUUGCUCAAAUACUCUUAUAA